AUGGGCUCUGCGAAUUACCGAGUUGCGCAGGUUAAGCUUGUAGCAUUGGCUCGCUGCUCUUUGCAAACCUUCGACCUGUACACCAAGCUCGACAUUGCGCCUCCGUUUAACGUUACCGCCGAGAUCGAGAUUGCGGGAGGCAGUGUUAGCAAUACCCUCUUCUUGUACUUCGAUAACGACCAUCGUGUCGGCCGCUGGGACAAACGAGUCCACGAUUGCGAGAGUAUCCCAGUCGAUGACACCUUACGAGCCAUUCAAGUUGCUUCGGCUGUGUUUCGUAACGGCAUCCACACCAACGCUCGUCCCACGGUUUUGGUCAAGUUACUUUUGGCUGUCAAAAAACAGAUUAAAGGCCUGGAUACUAUCAUAGCACUUGCUGCAGCACGUCGUCUAGAUCAAGCGGGCUGGGCUACACGAGUUAAAUGUUGCCUCGCCGGUCUCGAGCGUCGGACCUGGUAG